CAUCAUUCUGUACUGAAAUAUUUGGGCUGGCAGUCCAAUAAAUAAUCUGUCAUAUUCGGAAUUGAAUGACUUUCUUGUAGAUUCGUAAUUUUUACUUAAUCCAACGUUACAUUUAAUAAAAUGGCCAAAAAGACCUACGACUUGCUGUUUAAAUUACUCCUCAUCGGCGACUCCGGCGUGGGAAAGACCUGCAUAUUGUUCAGAUUUUCAGAUAAUCACUUCACAACUACAUUUAUAUCAACCAUCGGGAUCGACUUCAAAAUAAAAACAGUGGAACUACGCGGCAAGAAGAUCAAGCUGCAGAUAUGGGACACGGCGGGCCAGGAGCGCUUCCACACGAUCACCACGUCGUACUACCGCGGCGCGAUGGGCAUCAUGCUCGUAUACGACAUUACCAACGAGAAAACAUUUGACGACAUCGUCAAGUGGUUACGAAAUAUAGACGAGCACGCGAAUGAAGAUGUGGAGAAGAUGAUCCUAGGGAACAAAUGCGACAUGGAAGAGAAGCGGGUCGUCAGCAAGGAGCGCGGGGAGGCGAUCGCCCGCGAGCACGGCAUCCGGUUCAUGGAGACGUCCGCAAAGGCCAACAUCAACAUCGACCGCGCGUUCUCGGAGCUGGCCGAGGCCAUCCUGGACAAGACGGCGGGGCGCGAGGCGGACGCGGACCACUCGCGCAUCGCGGUGGAGCGCCGCCCGUCCCGCGCGCCGCCCGCCCGCGCCUGCUGCACGUAAGCGAGCCCCCCGCCCCGCGCACCCCGCCGCCCGCACCCACGCCGCUCAGCGCGCUCGUCACUCGCCGCGGACUCGAGGGGCAACCGUGGGAUCAAAUCGAUUUAUAUUUCCAAUCAGAUGACAUGUUUGACAUCGCGUUUUGUAAUUUACUUUAAGCACGAGUCAUUUAGGUUAAGAGUAAAGUUGCUGCGCUUCGCACCGGUGUUGUAGCGCGCGGACGUUCUGUCACUUUUCUAUCUUCUGUCGAUAUGUUGGCGAGCUCGUAGUCUAGGUGACUAUACUGUGCCCUGUAACCUUAGUCUCAAACUUGUUCUUGUGUUACGCUUCAUCGUCGUUGUAAAUGUUUAGAUUAUGGAGUGUCGUUAGAAAAUAUAAACUCGACUUAGGAGGCGGGCGGUGGAGAAUUAUAUAUUGUCUAUUAGUUUUAGCGGAUGUGUCUCAACUUAAAUUAUUGUACCGUUAUGUUUAACGCACACACAAUGAUAAGCAGACCACGCCGUCUAAACAUUCAUACAAUCUGCCGUCUAGAGAUUCUCCACGAGGUUAUCGUGUGGAAUAUUUGGGACUGGAACGUGGGCGGCACCCACGACGUGCUCGCACUACGUGAUAAAAUAAGUCUAUAAGAGGCUGUAUGAAUAUUUAGACUGCGCCAGUACUGCACCGUAGGGGAGCCAGGCUCGGCUGCACCACUUCAGUACUCACAAUGAGUAAAUUAGAAACGAGGCAGGUGUCGGAAUACGGCUUAUACGAGGGCGGAAUAGACCAACUUUAGAGAGCAAUACCAACUGUUCACUAGCAAUACAAUACAAUAUUUGAUAUCCAUAGUUCAUAAAUUAUAAUUCCAUUUUUAUAUACAGACGCAACAAUUAUCACCACAAGGACAUGUUUUUUUUUUUUAAAUAAUAGGAAAUAAUAUUUUAAAAUAUUGGUGUUGUAGCCAUGGAAAUUCUGAUAAUACUGAUCUAUCGAGCGAUGGUAAUAACUGUUAAAUAUCCACUAAAAAUGUUUUGUACCGAUGUUCUCCUAAUUAUAGAACCUGUACGCACUACAACAAAGUAAAAAUUUAAAUAAUGCGUUUUCGCUUGUAGUGAUGAAUGUUGCUGUUCAUCGCGUAAGUUAACUGUAGGGAAGUGUCGAAUAAACACUGUUGUCCGCAAUAAUAAAGCGUUUACAAACGUGCAAUACAUUAUGUAAGAAUUUGUGAACGAUUGAGAGAUUUAUAUUAAGGCUUACGUCCCACUUCGACCGGUCCAGACUUUGGAAUUCUACAUAUUAAUGUUCAUGUGACGGCUCAAUAGUCAAUACACAAAAUUAGCCGAGUACAUCAGUUUAAAAAAAAGAACUCUGGACUAAUUGCUCGUUGUGGGAUUGAUGCCUUAGUAAUGUGGCGCCAUUGUGCCAGGUGAAUGUAACAUUUGUCCCAACUCUACUCUUUCAAUGUAAGUAGUUAUUUUCGUUCGCGAGACGCAUGAUACUCAUUUGACUUUUACCCAUUUCACCUUUGGAAGGCUCAUCAGCGUUGUGGUGAAGCAUGCCGCUUGUCGCUAUGGACCAUAUAAAAAAGAGUACGCACGGCAUAUCAAUUGAUUGUGUCAAUGUGGUGAAGCGCGCCGAGGCAUGCGUCUCGCGGCGGACUUUUUAGUUCCGGUGCUUUCGCUUGUGAAGUGUCCAUGCGCCGUUCAAUAUGCUCCUGCUGUUUCAAUUAUAAUACCUGAGUAUUUUCAGUACAACUUGUAGAUAGUGUAAACAUUUAACUUUUGAAAAAAUGGAGUAAGUACCACACAAUUAACUAUUGUUAUUGUAAGAAAGCUUUUCAUGAAAUUAGUAAAAUAUUUGUUAACAUUGUUUACAACUAGUACUGAAAAUACUGCAGUCACAAUUAUCUUUUUAUUUAACUAGUUAAUUAACUUUUAAUUUUGAUUCGCGAUUAUCGCUUCGUACGCGGCGUUGUAGCUCGUUUGUUUUGGCACGUCCCGGCGAUGGCUGACAGGCGCGCAGUGUAGAAGCACUACCAGGAUUCGUGACUAAUAAAAUGAAAUAACUCAGCGCAGUCUAAUGUUGUCUAGUGAAUAUAUCAUUUUGCCCCUGCAUUUGGUAUAUGUGCUGUCUCUACCGGCGUGCGUUACAUAUCCGUGAGCCACACGCGCCGUGUACGCGUUUAUGUUCCGCUCACAUUUAUACAUUUUAUACAGAUAGCGAACCAUUGUAAUAGAAUUAAUCGUAUCGUCGUGCCGAACCCGACCAAUGCUUGCAUAGUGACCCGCGGUGGUCAUUCUGGAUUGUUCCUAUGUCUGUACUUAAUGUUUAUGUUUUAGUGUUGCCAGCCGUCACGGUAAAGCCGCUUAACGUUGGCUUUUUAGAAUUUGUGCCUAACUAAAUUAGACGCUGUCUGGGUCGAAUGGGUUUUGUCAGACUUUUCAAUGAUGGACUAGUGAUGCCAGGCAUAUGGAUAAUGCUAAAAAUUCUGGGUACCUUUUGAUCACUUGUGUCCGACUAACCCGCCUGAUCAAUUCGUUGACGAUAACGCUGUUUGAACACGCACGACUUGAUUUGAUUCAAUAUGCCACCAGUGACUUGCGAGCACAAACUAUACCGCCAGCGCCUGAUAUGGGCGGUCUGGUUCGGCACGACGACACCUCAAUGAUAUAGAUAAUUUAAGAAAUGUAUUCGUGUAUCGUAAUGCGACGGGCGUUGGUCGAAUGGAUUCAUAUUUUAUUGUACGGUGUGUCGUAUGUCUCGUCGGUUUGUACCCGCUUUUAUAAAUAAACAUCGGCAUUUGUAUAUUAUGUUCAUAUUAAAAUACCUAUCGGAAA